AUGUCGUUACUUCUCUCUCCUCCUCCUUUUUAUACCGCUACUUCUCUCUCCUCCUCCUUUUUUAUACCCGCUUCUUCUCUCCUCCUCCUUUUUUAUACCGCUACUUCUCUCUCCUCCUCCUUUUUAUAUACCGCUACUUCUCUCUCCUCCUCCUUUUUAUAUCGCUACUUCUCUCCCCUUCUUCAGUCUCUACUUCUCUCUCUUCCUCCUUUUUAUAUCGCUUCUUCUCUGUCCUCCUCCUUUUUAUAUCGCUACUUCUCUCUCCUUUUUAUAUCGCUACUUCUCUCUCCUUUUUAUAUCGCUACUUCUCUCUCCUUUUUAUAUCGCUACUUCUCUCUCCUCCUCCUUUUUAUACCGCUACUUCUCUCACCUCCUCCUUUUUAUACCGCCACUUCUCUCCCCUUCUUCAGUCGCUACUUCUCACACUUCCUCUUUUUUAUAUCGCUACUUCUGUCUCCUUUUUAUGUCGCUACUUCUGUCUCCUUUUUAUGUCGCUACUUCUCUCUCUCUCUCUCUUUUUUUAUAUCUUCUUUCUGUUCCUCCUUUUUUCUGUUUCUAUCGCUCUUUUCUCUCCCUUCCUCUUCUGUCGCUUCUUCUCUCUCCUUCCACUUUUUUCACCUACCUUUUUUCUCUUCAUUCUCUUCGCUCGUCUUCUCUCUCCGUCCUCUUCCCCUUCUUCUUCAUAGUUACUUCUCUCGGCUUCUCGCUCCUUUCUCUUUCAUCUUCUUUCUUUCAGUGUUUCUGCUCCACUUUCUUUUCUCUUUCUCUUUCGGUCUUCAUUCUCUAUUUCUAUCGCUUCCUUCUCUCUCUUUUCUUUUCUCUUUCCCUCCUUUUCUAUCACUACUUUUUUCUUCUUCUUUAUCAUCCCACUAUACGCUUUCCUUUAUCUUCUAUCCCUACUGCUCUCUUUGUCUUUUCUCUCCUUUCUCAUCAAUUUUUGUCUUUCCUAUUCUAUGUCUUUCUUUCUCACCUAAUGUAUCACUCUUUUUCCUUGCACUUCUCUUUCUCUUUCCCCUUGAAUCUCAACUUCUACCGCCUUCCUUUUCGAUCUCAACAUCCAUCUCCCUCCUUUUUUCAUCUCUUCUACUCUAUCCACCCCUUUCCAUCUAUACUUCUCUCUCCUCCAUUAUCUAUCUCUACUUCUCUCUCAUCCAUCCCCUCUCCUCUCUCCUCCCUUAUCCAUCCCCUCCACCCUUAUCCAUCCCCUCCACCCUUAUCCAUCCCCUCUUCUCUCUCCACCCUUAUCCAUCCCCUCUUCUCUCUCCACCCUUAUCCAUCCCCUCUUCUCUCUCCACCCUUAUCCAUCCCCUCUUCUCUCUCCACCCUUAUCCAUCCCCUCUUCUCUCUCCACCCUUAUCCAUCCUUUCUUCUCACUACCCUUAUCCAUCUCUACUUCUCUCUCCUCAUCCAUCUCUCUACUCUUUUCAUUUAAUCACUACUUCUCUCUACUCUUUUCAUUUAAUCUCUACUUCUCUCUACUCUUUUCAUUUAAUCUCUACUUCUCUCUACUCUUUUCAUUUAGUCUCUACUUCUCUCUACUCUUUUCAUUUAAUCUCUACUUCUCUCUACUCUUUUCAUUUAAUCUCUACUUCUCUCUACUCUUUUCAUUUAAUCACUACUUCUCUCUACUCUUUUCAUUUAAUCACUACUUCUCUCUACUCUUUUCAUUUAAUCUCUACUUCUCUCUACUCUUCUCAUCUAUUUCUCAUUUCCCUUUUCAUCCAUACCUUCCUUUUCUUCUUCCUCUGUUUCGCUCUUUUCUCCCUCUUUAAUUUUCCUUUAAUUUCUUUCUCGCGAUUUCUCUUUCUUUUUCUUUCUUUUUUUAUCUCAUUUUUUUCUGUUUUUCUUUUCUUCCUUUUCACUUUUUUCAUUUCCUUUUCGUUUCUUUCUAUUAUGAUAUUUCUCUUUUCUCAUUGUUCUCUUUUUUUUUCUCUCUCCUCAUAUUUAUUUCCUGUUUCUCAUCCACUCUUCUUCUUUCUCAUUUUUGAACAUCUUAUUUCUUACUUUCUCGCAUAUCUUUUAUUUUUCUCUCGUUCUCUCUUCUGUCCUGUCUCUCACUUGUCUUUCUCCCUCUUUUUCAUUCCCUGUUAUUUUUCUCCAUCAGUUUUGGACAUAAAAACACUGACUUUUGUUUUCUUUUUUGUUUCCUUCUCUAAGCGUCUCUGUCUGUCUCUCCUUUUCACUUGUCAAUCUUUCUUACUUAUUCUAGUUUUUCUCAUUCACUUCUUACAUUCAGUUCUGAACCACCUCUCUCUCUCUCUUUUUUUCUCACCCGUCUCUCUCUUUCUUAUUUUACUCUCACUCACUCACUUUUGUCAACUUUGCCCCUUCUCGUAUUUCAUUUUUCUCUCUCAUCUCUCUUUCUCACCUCUCUCUGUCUCUAAUUCUACUUGCUCUCAUUCACUCUGUAAUAAUCUUCUCUCUCCACCUCUCUCUCUCACACACAUCCGUCUAUCUCUUUUUCUGUUUCUCUUUCUAUUUAUACUCACUCACUUUUGUCUAUUAUCUUUUCUUCUCACAUUUAAUACCCACUUUCAUUUCUCUCUCUCUCUCUCUCUUUCCAAUUCUACUUACUCUCUCACCCAUUCGCUUUUGUCUAUUACCUUCUCUUUUGAGCUUUCUUCUCACAUUUAA